AUGGCCAGCCCAAGGCCAUCGCACGGCCCUUCAACAUCUGACAAAACACCUAUUCCCGAGCCUUAUAAUCGCAGUUCUCGGGCAGUCUGCAAACAGCUGCGUCAAAUCCAGAAGGCAUGUGGCCAGUGGCCUUGGGAAUUUCUUCCUGGCCGGAUACCCGAGACACUAGAUAAACACAUGCUAAGCCCGCUUGUUGCGGCUGUUGAAUUCGCGUGUGAUGAUGAGCACAAUGUCACUCUAUCUGAGCUGACUGAAUGGCUAAUGGGUCAGAAGGGAGAUUGGGUUUUGACAUCAACACAGUCAACUAAUGCGCUGGAAUGGGUUACGUAUACCCACGACAAAAGGGCGAACAGGAGAAGAUCUACUCAUAAUGGGAUUGAUGGCGGGAGACCAUCUUCGCGAACAAGGAAGAGGCAACACUCAAAUGACGAGGUGACACUUCCGCGACCUCCACGGUCAAACACACAGUCGCGCCAAAAGAAGCGGGGGACCGAAAUCAGAUCGCCGACUGCUGACAAUGUGGCUGACGUUGAGGCUCAAUCUGAGAUCAGCCCUGAGCCUGAGCGUGACUCGGAGCCCGAGCCCGAGCCUGAACCUCAACCUGAGAUCGAGCUGGACCAUGACAUGGAGAUGGAUGUUGAUGAGAACAACACCAACCACGAUGCUGAUGAGAAGCCAAACAGAACCCGCAGAAGGACCGAUGAUAAAACCCUUGAAGAAGCCAUCGCAGCUUCGGCUCGUCGUCUCGAAGAAGGUCGUGACAAGCUCAAAGAAUAUGAAUAUCAUCUACAUACCGAGAGAGAAGACUUGAAAGUGAUAGAAGCCCUGCGAUCAGAAGCAUCAGAGUCUCACGAAGCUGCCAUACAAGAAUGGAGAGACGCCGUCCUGCAAGCAGACACAAAGCAGAACGAACUCCAACAGUUCCAAAACCUCGCCCAGUCCUUCUCCCGCGAUACACAAGCUGCCCUAGAGCAGCACAGUCAAAGCCUGCGAGAGCUAAGCGACCAAGCAAUCGAAGAUGAGAAACAUGCUGAAGACGAACUCCGAGCACGACGUCGUGAAUUCUGUAUCCUCGAGGACAAGAAAGAUACAAAGGAGGGCAUCAUAAAGAAAAUAUCAGCACGGACCAGGCGGUAUCAAGAUGAAAUCGAUGCGGAGGAGGGGAAGCAUCAGAGGUUACUUGCGGAGCAUUAUCUGGAGCUUUUGAGCAAUGAUAUCAUACAGGGCAUUUCUGUUGCUGAUAUAUCAUAUGCGAGGAUUCUGGAGAUCAAGUUAGAGCGGGAUCAGAGAAUUUGGUAUGAACGGAGGCAGAUGGAUUAG